AUGUCAAAGUGGAUUUGCCUGAAAAAUAAAAAAAUUACAACCACCAAAAGUUAUCCAAAUGACGUAAAUGAACCGAAUAUCACUGAAAAACAUCUGAAAAACUGUUCCGAUGAGAAAAAUACUUUACCUUCCGAAAUAAAAUCAACAAAUAAUGUAAAUGAUAAAUUUUCCAAUACGAUAUCCACUCCCGUUAUCCCCUCCUCGCUUGUAUCUGAUUUAGAUAAAUUGAACUUUACUGAAGAACGUUUAAAACGCUAUGAAAGUGAGGCAAAUACUCUAUCUUCCAAUACAACGUUAACUAUUAAUACAGAAAAUGAGUUAAAAACUAAAGCUAUAUAUUUACGAGAAAAGGCUAUAUCCAAAACGCUCAAUAACAUCAAACUUUCAAUGGAAGUUGAUCUUUGUUUUGUUUUAGACUGCACUGGUUCUAUGAAACCUCAUAUUGCUGCUGCUAAAGAUUGUAUCUCACAUGUUUCGAAUUACAUUAAAUGUACAAAUCCAAGUAUUAAACUUCGAGUUGGUUUUUGUGGCUAUCGAGACCACAACAAUAAACCUCAUCAUCGAUUACAAGUUUUUAAUUUUACCAACAAAUAUACUAAAUUUACAAAAUAUAUGCGUAAAGUAUCACCUGGUGUAUAUUCAAAAUAUAGUGAUGGCCCAGAGGACGUUCUUGGAGGUCUUAAUGCAGCAAUAACUCAAAUGAAUUGGCAAAGUAGUACUCGAGUUCUUUUUCAUAUUGGUGAUUUUCCACCACAUGGUCGUCGUUUCACAACCUUAGAAGAUAACUAUCCAGAUGGCGAUCCAAAUGGUUUAACCGCAGAAAAUGUACUAGAAAAGAUGCAAUCAAACAAUAUCCUUUACUUUUUUGGUAAAAUUACAAAGUAUACCGAAAAAAUGCUUAAAAUAUUCCGUAGUAUAAUUGGUGAAUUUCCGGUAUUUGAUCUUGUAGGAGGGGAUCCUAUUAAAUUACUAGACAAAUUUGUUAAGGCCACCUUAUCAUCUAUCACUUGUGCCGUUUCACUAACUAGUAUUAUUGGAAGCAAAACCAAGGAUAUAUAUUCUUUGCAACAAAAAAAACUCGAUAUGAAUUCAAAUGAACCUGAUUGGAAUAUUCUUCCAUUGCAAGAAGGGGUAGUUAUGUGGUAUCAUAUUCCCGAUACUUUGGAUGAACUUAAAGACUCAAACUAUUUCGACAAAUCGAAUCUCUUUUCUGAAAGUUUCUCCUUCAAAAUUGCCUCACAACCAUUUUCUGCGGGUGUUGAAAAAUGUGCAUAUUUUGCUUUCGAUAUUAAAAGUAAUCCAGCAAAAAACAUGGUGAUGAAAGAAUACCUUUAUGUUGGUCGAAAUGAUCCUUUUGAAAAAUAUCUUGAGGCGGUAGAAGUUUCUACAGUUGCACAUUUUCUCGCUACAAAAUUUAAUUUGAUUGCAGAACAAAAAAGUAUUCCUAAAGUAAAUUUUCUUUAUGCAAAAUUUUUACGUUGUGGAACUAUUGACCUUUGUACUCGAUAUUAUACUAUUGAACUAAGACUUAAAGAUACGGAUUAUAAACGAUUUAAUACAAAUACUGGUGUAAUUGUGGAGCUUCGGCCUGCUCUUGAAGCAUUUUCCCAUUUCACAUAUGUAUACACCAAAGGAUACUUAGUGGUUUGUGAUCUUCAAGGGAUUGAAGUUAAUGAUAAAUUCUUAUUAACUGAUCCAGCAAUACAUUGUAUUGAUUCUUUAAGAUUUGGAAGAACGAAUCUUGGCGAAAAGGGAAUUAAUCAGUUGUUCUUGGCAAAUCAUAGAUGUAACGAUAUUUGUAAAAAGCUAAAAUUAAGACAUAUUAAUUAA